AUGUCGAGCCUCGGCUCGGCCCACGGGCGAAAAUCGGCGGCGGGACCUAAGCUUGUGGAUUUGCAUGGCAAUCCGCUAGUCAGUCUCACCAAUUUGCAGAAGCAUCAAGCUCAACGAUUCCGUCACCGGCGGGACCGGGGCCGCCUCGACUUUGCACUCUUUAAAAGUCGCUCCAUGCCCUACCCUCCGUCCUCCUCCUCCCUGAUCGCAAAGUGCGGCACGACCAUUACCUGUGUGCUCCGCUCCGUGCCGCUCUGGGUAGUCGUGAUUGUCGUGCUGCUCUUCGGCUUUGCGCGACGGCGCAUCAGCCAGCUUCUCAACAGAUCUGAACCCUUGCCGCCUCCUAAGGAAUAA